UUAGUUCAUCAUAGUGGGUGUAACAAGUAUAUAAAGUGUGAACUGCCACCAGAUCCACACCUGAUUCCCACCUACAGAUUCACCAUGAAGCUUGUAAUCUUGGCUUUGCUCGUUGUUGGCGCCUAUGGAUGUGGGCACCCCACUUACCCCCCAGUGGUGAGCAGGGUGGUUGGAGGUGAUGAUGUCAGAGCUAACAGCUGGCCCUGGCAGGCUUCUCUGCAGUAUCUAAGUGGUAACAGAUACUACCACACCUGUGGAGGCACCCUCAUCUCUAACCAGUGGGUUCUCACUGCUGCUCACUGCAUUGGCAGAUUUACCUACAGAGUGUACUUGGGUAAGCACAGUCUGAACUCUGCUGAUGAGAAGGGCUCCGUUGCCAUUGCUCCUGCCAAGAUCAUCGUCCAUGAGCAGUGGGACUCCUACAGAAUCCGCAACGACAUUGCCUUGAUCAAGCUGCAGACUGCUGUGCAGUUUUCUGAUACCAUCCAGGCUGCCUGUCUGCCUCCAGCUGGAGAUGUUCUGCCCAAUGGUUUCCCCUGCUAUGUCACCGGCUGGGGCCGCCUCUGGACUGGAGGUCCUGUUGCUGAUAUUUUGCAGCAGGCUCUGCUCCCUGUGGUUGAUUAUGCUACCUGCAGUCAGCCUGACUGGUGGGGAGAUCUGGUCACUGAAAAAAUGGUGUGCGCUGGAGGAGAUGGCCUGCUGGCCAGCUGCAAUGGUGACUCUGGUGGUCCUCUGAACUGCCAAAGGUCUGAUGGUACCUGGGACGUUCAGGGUGUGGUAAGCUUUGGCUCCAGUCUGGGCUGCAACUACCCCAAGAAGCCCUCUGUCUUCACCCGUGUCGCCUCAUACAUUGACUGGAUCAACAAAGUGAUGGCCUCAAACUAAAAGGGAUGCCUAGUGUACAAAGAAAAAAUGCAUAUCAAUAAAAGAGAUCAUGCAAAGUACUUUUUUUUCUUCUUUUUGCUAAUUUGCUCAUGGCUAUCUAAAUAUUAUCAAUUUCCUUUAAUAAAGUUAAUAAGCCAUAAUAUUCUGGGACAAUUCUGAGAUGAAGCAGCUGAAGACCCUGAUGAAUUUACAUGUAUGUUCUGCAUGUCUAAAUAAAGGACACUUUCUCCAA